UCAGCACGUUGUCUCAACUUUUUUUUGUAGUCGAUUCAAUCAACACAUUAGUUAGUCAAAAGCCGUUUGUCUUUUUUUUUCAUUUGUUCGAGUAGCAACUCUAAUCGUCGUCAGAACUUUUUCAAUUUUUCGUUGUCGUUUGAUGGUGAUUUUUUCUCUCUCUCUCUCUCUCUCUCAUUUUGAUUUUAUCAACUCAUCGAAACCCGGAAAAGUUUACAAAUUGUUUCAUUCUAUCAGAACUUAUAUAUCAUGUUUACAAACAAUCGUCAAGUUAAUUAUCAACAAUCACCAAUAAUUUCCACCAAUGGUUACUCGUUAUUGUGAUUGUAAAGUGUUGAGUUAAAAACGUGAGAUAUUGUUACAUAAACAGCAAUUAAAGUGAUUUUAAUCAUCAAAUAAUUAAUCAGAUUAGGACGUAAUGUGUCAUUGACUUAAUUGUGAUUCUUAAUUCCUGCCAAAACAAAACCAACUACAAAUCAUCAUGAAAUUAUCAAAUUUAAUCUCUACUUUAAUCAUUACCUGUAUCCUCUCAUCAUCAUCAAUAAACUGCCAAUCAGCUUAUGUCCAUCCAGUGCUUCCCGUGGCCGCUGCCUUGGUCGCUGAAAGUUUCACAUCGGAAACCGCUUUGCCCACGGUAACGGUUCGAGGUUUCCUCAAUUUCCGUACCACCGUUGACGGAACGGUAAUUGUAUUCACACCCGCUUCUGCUGCAGCCACUGGUGGACCCUCGGAAAUAAGCUCAACCAGUCCACCCUCCAUUCAACCAAGUAAAAUCGCUGUCACCUCAAGUCCACCUCAAAUUGAUAUUAGGCCAACAUCAGCGAGCUCACGUUCAUUUGAAUCAAAGCCAACACCCGUACCUUUAUCACCCUCUUCAAAUGAUGGAUUAUCAAGUGAACCAGUUAAUUCUGGUGCUCAAUAUCCGACAGGAUUGGUAACAGUUCUGGGUGGAACUGUAAUUCUUAACGGAGCCACGACAAUCCAUGAGACUAAAGUAAUUGGAACUUAUAUCAAUGGUAAAUAUGCUCAAAUUUUAAAGAGCACAUCACAUAUUAAAAGUGCUUAUGAACCAGUACCAUCGUCAACUCGACCUGCAGAGAUAAAACCUUCGGCACCAAUAAGUAUCAUCCCAUCAGCUCGACCACGGCCAAGUCGAGAUUCACUUAAAUCUGAAUCAACAAGUGAAAAUGUUCGACGUGUAAGGCCAAUCAAAGUACUUGAAUCAUCCAAAAAAGAAGAAGAAUCCAAGGAAUCGGAAGGCGGAAAUAAUUCUGCAGAUCAAGCGAAAGAAAAAACGAAACUUCGUCGACCUACUCGAAUCGGAACAAGAUUAACCUACACUCCUCGUGAAAAUCCUCGAGUUCGUUUGAAUCGUUUUAAGGUCAAAGUUGCCGUUUCGUCAACAGCCUCACCAACUUCUAGGGAAAAAGUUGAAGAGGAAGCAGCAAAAGAGAUCAACCAACGGUUCCAAAAACGUCUUGGUAUCGGUCGAUCAGGUACUAAUCUAAAUAGUAGUUAUCGUCGAUCAAGAAAUGAAGAGAAACCCGUUACACCUUCACCCGCUUCCCGUGAGGAUGAAAUUCGUGAUGGAGACCCACAAACUCUUGGUUCUGAUCAUGGUAAUUCUGAGAGUUCACCAGGAUCAUAUGCACCUCCAUUAUUUGAACAAUCAGAUCCACUUAACGGACAAAUUGAACCUUCCGCUCCUUUGAAACAAGUUCAAACGGUUACUAGUGAGAUUACACAUCAUCUUAAUGGGUCACCAAUCAAGGUUGAUACCGUUACUUUAGUGACAACAGUUGAUGAACCAAUUCAUCCUUCAGCUCGAUUGUUACUCGCAGGUGGAGGUGGAUUAAUUGAACCAACUGAACCUCUUCCACUAAAUGGUAAUGAAGUUACUGGCGGUUUAGAGACACCGCCUAUUGUUUUAAGUCGCACUUACUCAUUGACAGAACAUGUUUCCCGAACGACAGUUGUACCCGUUUAUGAUGGAAACACUUCGGCAAAUCAUACGAUUACCGAAAGUUUUGUCAUUCGUAAAUUGAUCACCGCAUAUAAGACAAUGCCCUAUGGCGAUACCGCUCUAUUGGCUACCGCUUCCGCUGAGAUGGCCAAUGGAACCGCCAUACUUGAUGGACUGGAAACAUCUGAACAGAAUCUUGAACCUUCACUACUUGGAGGUUCAAUUGAAUUGACCACAUCACCCGAAGAUGGUGCACUGAUCAAUGGUAAACCAACUUCGGCUCUUUUAUCAGCCGCUGGUCUUCAGACUCUUGACCCAUCAACUGGUUUUGGUCACAAUGGUUUCAAUUCACCUUUAGGUCAAAAUCUUCCACCUUUCGAUCUUUCCAAUCCAUUGGUUGUCGGAGCUGCUCUUCGUAAUCCCGCUUUGGCCGCCAUGUACCUUGGACUACAAAAUUAUCACAAUCAACAAGGUAGUCCAGCUGAACAGCCACAAUUUGAGACAAUCACCCGACCAACUGAGGUGGUUCUUCACGAAACUGUUUACAACACAAAGGUACUAAGUUUCUAUGAUGGUCGUGCAACUCGAACUCGAACCAUCACCGAACCAGCAAGUACAAUCGAUAAAACAAUUACAACAAUCACAACCCAAGUUACACCUCGAUUAAAUACAGUUGACGUUUUAGCCGCUGCUCAAGCUCAACAAUUCCAACGACUUUUGGCCACCCAAUUACUUCAACCCAAUGCACCCUCACUUCGAGCAUCAAUUCAACCCAAUUUACCAGGUAAUCUCGGUGGAUUCCAAGGCUAUAACUUACAACAACCAAAUUUCAAUGGAAAUAAUUUCCUUGGCAAUCAAAUUCAAUCCCAGCAACAAUUACAACAAGCUCAAUCACAGAAUCAACAACAACAACAACAACAACAAUUAGCCAACAAUCUUAAUCAAUGCUUUGGUCGUUUCGGUCAACAACUUCAACCUGCAUCAACAGUGACCCAAACCUACACCACAGUUACCGAUGCCACCUCAACCCAAUCUAAAAUAUACACACUUAAAUACAACGCUUUCAGUACCAAAUAUCGGACAGUAACAUCAACGAGUGUCUAUCCAACAACAAUAACAACAACAACCACAGUGAUUGUCCAGCCGUCACUUGGUCCAGCAUUUAACCCAUUCUAUGGUUAAAUCAACAAUUAAGACUAUUUAAUCAGUUAAUCACUCAAUAGAUUGUCAAUCAAACCUUGGACAAUCUCAUCAUUUGUGUCAUUCAACACGAAUCAACUACAAUUAAUCAACAAAAGGCAGUUAAAUGUUGAAUUGUAAUCAGCUGAUUUUCGCCUCCUAACUAAUUGCUGAUUGGAAUCAAUGUUGUUAAUUUUAAUUUUUCAAUUCUUCCUUUUAAGAAACUGAUUUGUUAUAAUCAAUAAACUGUAAAUAACUUUUUUUGUUAA